CCUUCAUACCUUUUAUUUCAAAUCUUUAAUCAACAAUUAAUUAAAAAAAAUAAAAGUUGUUUCGCUGGUGAGUGGUAAAGUUCGACGGACGGAAAAAGAAGACUCUAGAAACAUACGAAUCAAAUAUCUCUUUCUCUCAUUUUCCUGUAAAAUUCGUUUAAUCCACUUCUGAUUUCAGCUUCAAGAUAACAUGUGGGAUGAAUUUGUCGAAACAGAUAGCGGAUAGUGCUCUAUGCUUGUGACAAACUUAGGAUCAGUUUGCAAUACAGUCCGAUAGUAAGACAUUACUUCACAAACUAUAUAUUGUAUCAAAAGAAACGUUAAACUGCCGAUUACGUGAGGAGUCAUUGUACUCAGGGUAAAGAUCAGUACUAUGAAAUCAGAACAAGAAAGAAUGGUGGAAAAGGGUUCAUGUUCCUGCAAACCUGAAGAUUUGUUUUCUCCUUGUAAUAUUAUUGACUCAUGCAAAGAACAGCAAAGGCUAGCAUCAGAUAAUACAAGUAUAACUGAUCGCUAUUUCAAGAGCAGCAAAAUAGAUUCUUGCAGUAGUGCGUUUUGUGCAAAUGAUACUAUCUUGGGAGACAAGUGUUUGGUGGAGGAUGAUAGCGUAUCUCAAUAUUCAAUCAAUCACAUAUCUCAGACUGACAAUGAACUCAGCUUUCUUGAUACUGAUGGGUGGCUUGAUAUAGACAACUUUGAAGAUGUUGAUAGGAUGAUGUUAAAUUAUGACUCAACUUUCGGAAUGGAGAGCCUCAAUAAUGAAGAUGAAUUCUGCUGGCCCUCAUUGUCACAUGGAACUGAAGGACCUGAUGAUGAUGCGCUGAAAUCGGACUUCAAGUUUUCAUCUGCUGAAGCUAGUUCACCGAAAAAUAUAUCAGACUAUAAUAUGGACCUGAAUGACAAUAUUGAAGGUCUGGCAAUUCUUGACUGUGACAAAAAACCAUCACUUUUUGAUAAAAAACUGGGGUCUGAAAUGGAUGUCGAUUUUGAUGGGGCUGCUACUUCAUUAUCAACAUUUGGCGAGUCAGAUGUGAAGUCGAGUAUUACAGAUGACCUGAUACCUAAACAAAAGAUACAAGGGCAGCUGUUAAAGCAAUCAGCAGGUAAGAGAAAAAAUAGCUGUCUAAAAGACGGUGAUUCUGAUUAUCCUUAUGCCCACGUGGAGCAACAUGCUAAUCUGAAGCAACCCUAUGAAGUCUCUUCCAGUGGGGUCACUUCCCAGGAUAGCAUUCACAAACAAAUACCAAACACGGAUUCUGAUUCGCUAGGAUGUGUGCAGAUACAAACUCCCCCAGUGCACCCAGAUUACGGUCAUACUUCAAAGUAUACUUCCCUCCUUCCUGCCUCAUCUGCAUCAAGGUCUGAAUAUAAUGGAUAUCCAUCUCCUUCAUUUAAAGAAUCGUCAUAUGUAUCAAAUACGGAGAGUUCUCAUGGUCAUCCUUUAGAGGCUGCUGCCUUGAAAACAAAUGAUAAGAAAGAAAACUUAUAUCAUUGCAAUGAUGCAAACCAUAUGAGCAGGGGUUUCAAAAGUGAUAAUAUGCAAAAUCGUAUGCCAUUCAAAAGUCCAAGUUCAGCUCAGAAGGUAGGACGUCAGUUUGAAAAUGUGAAUGAAGGCCAUAGUGAAGUUGGAGAAGUUAGUAUAGGAUUUUCACCAGAAAUAGAAUCAUCAAAUGUGCAUGAAAGUUCAUUUAGGAGCUCUGCCUUGGACGAAACGUCACCCGAAGCAGCUAGCUUUCACCUGCUGCAACAGGUUCUGGAUCAGUUGGACGUUAAAAUCAAGUUAUGCAUAAGGGACAGUCUCUACCGCUUGGCUAAAAGUGCCGACCAAAGACAUGUUGAUGUCAGUGCAAGUGGUUUAAUGGGUGAUGAUGGUGAAGAAUGCAAAGGAGGAACGACAGAGGAUGCAAACAGGUGUACGGGAUUCAUGAAUUUGGAAACUAAUACAAAUCCCAUUGAUCGGUCUAUAGCACACUUGCUGUUUCAUAGGCCAUCAGAUCCAUCAGUGUUGCCCCUGAGUGAUACUUUACCUUUAAAAUCCAGUUUCAUGAUACAUGGACCAGUAACUGAUCCACCAAUAUUUGCUGAGAAACAGGCUUGUCAGGAAGAAUCUUCUGCUGGAGUAGAAAAUAAGUCUUAAAGGGAAUUACCUAGUGAUAACUGGAAGUCUGGUGUACAGUGUCUUUUCAAUGAAGUCAUCCUCUAUUGUAUAUAUAGUUAUUUGGCUUACUCAGAUCGAUUAAUCAUUCAGUUUUUGCUUUGAUGCCAUUACACUGAUGUAUAUUGGGCAAAUAGUAUGGUAGCAUAUAUUAUGUAGAGCAAUGCUACAUACACAGCUCUCUUCACCUAAAAGAUAUACUUUCAACUUUGAUGGUGCAAGCUCGUCGAUUUGAGUCUUUGACAAGCCAAUCAAUGGUUCGAGUAAUUGUCGCAUUUUUUAUAGGGAUGGGAAAAGGAAAUGAGAUCAGAACUCCACAAUACCAAAAUAGUUUUCUUAUUGUGUGUACUGUCGAUCGCCACUCAGUUACCCGCCAAAACGAUAAAACGGUUUUCUGCACGUAAAGAGUUGAUUGACUUGUUUUAUACUGAUCUGUCUUGGUGUUUGGCUUGGUUAUUUACUGUUUAACGUUACUUCUUAGAACUAAAAACAGUAGUUGCAAAAUAUAGUUAUAGUGUCAAUGAUUCUUUAUUUUUCGAUGUUUUAAAAAUUAUUUGAGUAUUACUUUGGAAUGUAA